UUAUUAUUAGUUUCCUAUAAAAGAAAGACUCUACGCCUCUUAUUCGUACAUUGGACCUCGUAAAAAUAAAGUGAAGUGUAAUGCAGUCCGUUCUUGUGAUAUUGUCUUAUUUCCUCUGCUUCAUCUACUGCUGUACAGCAUACUGCCUCUCCUACCCACCCACACAAAUACAAUCAUCUAAACACCACUGUAAUCUAAAUGGCGUGGGUUUAGCGGCCGGAGAAACCUACACGAACACGACCAGCUGUCUUAAGUGUGAAUGUGAUGAGAACCAUUAUGUUUCCUGCUGCUCAAUGACAUUCAGUUACGUGCUGCCAGAAGGUUGUGUUGUCAUAACCAAGGACUGUGUACAGGAGAUUGUUUACGAAUCUGACGGCUCUCAAUGUCAGCCAUUGAUGGCUAUAGGGAAGUGACGUCACUACAUCACUGAAUGAAGCACACCACCGAAUGAGACGCAAAGUCGUAGAUACAUGUGAAAUAAAAUUGAAUAAAAGAAAAAAAAAAUAAAUUGUCA